UCUCCUCCACCGGCUGAGCCCCAAACCCAGAUCAGGGUGUUGUUUUUAAGCCGUUCACAAUGAAGCGAGGGAAGAGGGAUUUCAAAUCAAAGUGCCAGCACUUCCUCUCCCGUGAGGACAGGGCUAAGAAACAGAAGCGGGGGACGUCCAGCUUCGCCCUGACACCAGCAGAGGACUGGGGUAACCUGCCCCACCACGUCGUCCUGCAGAUCUUUCAGCAUCUCUCCCUCGUAGACCGGGCCAGGGCCUCAUCUGUGUGCCGCCGCUGGAACAACGUCUUUCACACCCCUGACCUGUGGAGGAGGUUUGAGUUUGAGCUCAAUCAGUCGGCCACGUCGUACCUGCGCUCCACUCAUCCUGACCUCAUUCAGCAGAUUAUCAAGAGGCAUGCCCAGCACCUGCAGUACGUCAGCUUCAAGGUGGACAGCUGCACAGAAUCUGCAGAGGCGGCCUGUGACAUUCUCUCCCAGCUGGUGAACUGUACCAUUAAGACCCUGGGGCUGAUUUCCACAGCGCGGCCCAGUUUCAUGGAUGUGUCUCAGGCCCACUUUGUGUCUGCGCUGACAGUCGUGUUUGUCAACUCCAAGUCUUUGUCCUCCAUCAAGAUUGAUGAUACCCCAGUAGACGACCCGUCCCUGAAGGUCCUGGUUGCCAACAACAGCGACACCCUGAAGCUGCUGAAGAUGAGCAGCUGUCCUCACGUCUCCCCAGCAGGUAUCCUGUGUGUUGCAGACCAGUGCCAUGGACUCAGAGAGCUGGCAUUAAACUACCAUCUCCUGAGUGAUGAGCUCCUGCUCGCCCUCUCCUCUGAAAAACAUGUCCACUUGGAGCACCUGCGCAUUGACGUGGUGAGCGAGAACCCCGGGCAGACGCACUUUCACACCAUCAAAAGAAGCAGCUGGGAGGCUUUGGUACGACACUCACCCAAGGUCAACAUAGUCAUGUACUUCUUCCUCUAUGAGGAGGAGUUUGAGCCCUUCUUCCGCGAGGAGACUCCAGUCACCCACCUGUACUUUGGCCGGGCAGUGAGCAAAGAGAUGCUGGGCCGUAUCGGACUGAACUGCCCUCGGCUGGUGGAGCUGGUGGUGUGCGCCAACGGCCUUCAACCCCUGGAUGAGGAGCUGAUCCGCAUUGCCGAACGCUGCAAAAGCUUGACUGCCAUCGGGCUCGGCGAGUGUGAAGUGACCUGCAGUGGCUUUGUGGAAUUUGUAAAGAUGUGUGGGGGCAGGCUGACUCAACUGUCGAUCAUGGAGGAGGUGUUGAUCCCAGACAGCAGCUACAACAUGGAGCAGAUUCACAGUGAGGUGUCUAAACACCUCGGCCGCAUGUGGUUCCCUGAUAUGAUGCCCACCUGGUAGGCCGAUAUGAAGCCAGAGCUGAGGACGUGACUUUUGAGGAUACGUGUGGCGCUUACGUGAGAGUGCAUCCACAGUGACACGUUUUAUGGUUUAAGUGAUGCUUCAGGCUGCAGUGUGAUGUUCUCUUUUUGGACAAUAAGUAGCUGUGAGAGACAAA